ACAGCUCGACAACCCAGCAAUAACAUUGACAGACUCCCCGCCUACGAAAACCUUACACGUUUCGAUUUAAACAUUAAAAAGAAACGGAUGCUUAACUCAACCAAUUCGCAAGACGAUACCAACAUUAAUUUGCUAAAUAACGGGGAAGUUUCUAUCCGCCAAAGGUCCUUCAGUUCGAACAAUGCACCUCCAGUUAAAAUGGCCGCAUCUGGCGCCAUUAAAGUUAAGAGGAAAUUAACGACCCUGGGCCCUACAAAGGCUAAGGAUACUGUAAAUGCAGCUGAGAAUACUGCUACAACUUCGUCAACAGUUACCACAACUACGACUAAUACAGACUCAGAUUCUGGUCGGCCUCGUUCAACAAUGGAAGAGUUAGAAAAUAUGCCUGAUGAAGUAAAUGAAGAAAGGCCUGAAGGGGAUGGAAAUGAGAAUGUAGAUGGUGAGGAGGAUGAUUACCCUGAAGAGCCGCCUGAAUUAAUGGCAUUGCACCAGAUGGAAAAAAGGAGAAGGAAAAAAUCUUCAAAGGGGAAAAAUGAAGGGGAUAUUGGGGAGGAAGAGAGGGAAGGAGAGGAGAGGGAAGGGGGUGAACGGGAAGAGGUGAUGGAAAAGGAGGAGGAAAAUGAGGAGGGAGAGAGAGAGGGGUUAGAUACUGUAGGAGAUGAAAUGGAGAAUGGAAGGGAAGAUGCGAGGGAAGAUGGAAUGGAAGAGAGGGAAGAGGAGGCUUUGGAUGAGGUGGCGAUGAAUGAAGAUGAAGACAAGGAUGAGGAUGAUGAAGAGGAUAAUGAGGAUGAAGACGAGGAAGUAAGGAGAAUAAACAAGGUUGAAGAUAUGAAGGAGGAGGAUGUAGAGGAAGUAAACGAGAUGGAUGAGGUAACAACUCCUCCAAAGAUCGAAGAAGAAGCAAAAUCACCUUCACCUGUUCAAUACACAAUUGUCCAUACAGGUGGAAGCAACCCAGAACAGGAGAAUGAAGGGGGAAUGAGUGGAGUUUACUCAGAUGAGUUGGAACGGAUAUUGUAUGGACAGGCUGCAGUAAAGAUUCAGAGCGUGUGGAGAGGGUACACAGUGCGCAAAGGCUUUAAACAUACACGUUUCUCCGAACACCCGAUUUACAUUGGAACGGGCAGUUAUGCCCCUAGGCGUCGUUCGAAAAAUAAUUUGUAUAAGCCCAACGAAAGGCAUCAUGCGAUUAUCACACGUGUUAAAACGCCAAAAUCUGGAAAGAGGAAGACUUCAUUUAAAAAGACGUCAACUACCAUGCUUGUCCCCGAUUAUGGGAAUGAAACAGCCCACGAUUCGUCUUCGGAUAGAGAAGAAGCCAGUGUUACCGAGCUACUUCAAGGAAAACAAAGAUUGGGGUGGGAAAUGUCACAGGAUCACAUUGACAAAAGCCCAGUAAAUUCACAGAGAACACCUCGAACAGAUUAUCUCUACACAAUUACCGUACUCACCGGAAACCGGUGGGCGGCUGAUACAGAGGCCGAUCUCUAUAUAAUACUGGUGGGAGCUGGGGGGAUUGAGUCAGAACGGCUAUGGCUUCGACAGGAGUUCACAAAUUGGUUGCAGAGUGGGGCAAAUGGACAGCGCUUUCGUCAAAACCAUUCAGACUCCUUCCAAUUCAGAGUACCCAGCCGAUUUGGAAUUUUGAAAAAAUUGACAAUUGGGCACGACUGUAAAGGAUACGGUGCUGGCAUCUUCAUUGAUAGGAUAAUGGUUACUGAGGAUGAAGAAGCUAGUGAGGAUUGUCGCCAAUUUCUUUUCCUAUGCAAUAAAUGGCUUGAUUCUGGCCAAGUUGAUGGAAAAUUGGAGCGCACAAUUCGACUCAGCUCCUUCUACGAAAUUUCAUCAAUCCCUAUAGAGGAUCGAGUAACAAGAGGCCGUUGGGAGCUUAUUCUCCAUGGAGGCUCAGAAAAGGGACUGGGUGGAACGACUUCACAAUUAUCCAUUACUGGGUAUGGAACUCGAGCCCAGUCAACAACCUCUGGAUUGUAUGACUCCAACAUGGCUAAAGUGCCUUCUGAUGCGUUGAUACAGGUGAAAAUUGCUUUGGGGGGCUGUUAA